AUGCUACAGCUGCAGAAAGGGUUGCCUGAAAUCAACCAGAUCUUCAUUUUCAAUAAAGAAAUCAGACCGCUUCAGGUCAUAAUGGCGACCCCUGAACAAGACAAUAACCCCGGUGGCAGUGCAACACCUGGGCCACUGGAAAAGCUGCAGGAGCUUGAGCCACGGGUGGUCCGAAGACGCUUGUCCCAGGCCCGCCACCGAGCCACUUUGGCAGGGCUCUUCAGCAACCUCAGGAAGACUGUUUACUCCCAGUCUGAUCUCACAGCCUCAAAGUGGCAGAUUCUGAAUAAGGCAAAGAAUCACAUUCAGGAACUGGAACAAACUCUGAAUAAUUUGCUGAAGCUGAAAGAAACUCUCAACCUGGAAGAUGGUAAUGCAAGCAGCUUAGAGGAGGUCAAGGAAGAAUAUGCCAGCCUGUACUCUGGAAAUGAAAGGUAUCUCAGCUUUUACAAGGUGACCAUGGACCUUCUGACUGACAACGGGAUCAUUUCCUCCAAGGAGGUGACACUGCCCAUUGUCUCUGCGGCCAUCUCCCACCUGUGGCAGAACUUUUCGGAGGAGAGGAAAGCCAGCCUCCUGCAGGCCUGGGCCCAGAAAUAUGCAGGAGCAGCUCAGGAGUCCACCCAUCCUGAGGGCAGCAUGAAGGACAGCGGGAUGGACAGCCAGGGCGCCAGUUGCUCGCUGGUCUCCACACCGGAGGAGAUCCUUUUUGAAGAUGCCUUCGAUGUGGCCAGUUUCCUGGACAAGAGUGAAGCUCCAAGUCCAUCUAGCUGCAGUUCAAUGUUUGCCAUCUUCAAUGCAGAAAAUUCUGAGGAAAAGUUUCAGCUCUAUAUGCAGAUCAUCGAUUUCUUUAAAGGACUUUGCUAUGUUAACAGUCAGUUAAAACAGGAACCAGCCCUGGACGAUGAGAUGCUCAUGUUGACAUGCCUGGAGACCUUUGACGAUGAAGACCUGUAAUGCACAACAGCUGGGAGGAGAAGGCAUGCAGGAGGGUGGGCAGUUCCCAAGUUUGAAUGUUGGCAGC